AUGGCUGUCGUAUCUGAUACUCCGACAGGGUACCUCAACAACCUCACGCCCGAACAGGAAGCCAAACUGCGCGAGUUUUGGGUCAUUAUUUUCACUUCUGUCGCUUCGGUUUUAUCGGCUGUUUAUGAUGUCCCUGUAUCUGAGGGUCCCUCAAAUAAGCUCUUCGAGGCAUUGGAUAGAAUCAAUGAACCGUCUGUCGAAGCUAUCGUCGCUGCUUUGAAGGGGGAAGAUGCCAAUGGGGAAACUACAACUGGAAUAGCCCCCGCGGAAACAAAUGGCGACACCAACGGCCAUACUAACGGCGAUACGGAUGGCGAAACGAAUGGCGAGUCCAAUGGCGGGAUCAAUGGACAUAUCAGCGGCGAAACGAACGGAGACAGCAAAGAAAAGAAGUCACUGGACAAAGUAGACUCGCUCAUGAACAAAGACGCCCAGAAGACCAUCAUGUCGGAAUUAGCAACGCGAAAAGUCUCCCCAGAGCACUUCGCCACACUAUUCACCCAGCUCCGGAAACUGGGCGUCCAAGAAUCAGAAAUCAAGUCAAUGGAAAGUAUUUUGGCCCAGAUGACACCCCAGGAGAUGUGUUUCGCGAUCCUGAAGAUGGUCAAACAAGAGCAUCCCGACAGCCUCCUGCUUCGCUUUUUGAGAGCCAGGAAAUGGGACAUCGGCAAAGCGUUCAGUAUGAUGACUUCGACAGUAUUGUGGAGAAAGGAAAUGGAUGUCGAUGACGAUAUCCUGCCCAAGGGAGAGGGAUAUGCUCUGGAACAAUCUAAGACCAGCAAGUCCGUGAAGGAUAAGAAGGACGGCACUGAUUUCAUCGAGCAGCUCAAGAUGGGCAAGAGCUUCCUUCAUGGCUUUGACAAACAGGGCCGUCCUGUUAAUUAUGUCCGGGUGAAGAUUCAUAAGCCCGGUGCUCAGACGGAGGAGACCCUCGAGCGGUAUAUUGUUCACGUUAUUGAGUCGACUCGGCUGAUUGUGGUUCCUCCAGUUGAGACUGGUACAAUUGUCUUUGAUAUGUCUGGGUUUUCUUUGUCCAAUAUGGAAUAUUCGCCCGUCAAAUUUAUUAUCAAAUGCUUUGAGGCAAAUUAUCCCGAAUCACUGGGCCUCCUGCUCAUCCACAACGCACCAUGGAUCUUCUCCGGAAUCUGGAGACUAAUUCAUGGCUGGAUGGACCCAGUCGUAGCUUCCAAAGUGCACUUCACAAAAUCAGUCGCCGACCUCGACAAAUUCAUCUCACGCACCCAGAUCCCACGAGAACUCAAAGGCGACGAGGACUGGCAGUACGAAUACGUCGAGCCGGAGAAAGACGAGAACGCCAUAAUGGAGGAUACCGCUACGCGCGACAAGCUCAUGUAUGACCGUAUGAUGAUUGGCAUCCGCAUGCUUGCUGCCACCGCGGCUUGGAUCUCUGCGACCACAUUCGCUGAAGGGAAGGAGGAUCCGGAGGCGGUGGAUGAGCUGAAGUUGAGACGGAAUUCUGUCAUUGAGGAGUUCCGAGUGAAUUAUUGGAAGUUGGAUCCGUAUGUCAGAGCGCGGGCGCUUAUUGAUCGGACUGGGGUUUUAAAGGCGGGUGGAAAUGUUGUUCGGCAGGCUUGA